AUGACCAAAAACGGAACAAUGUCUUCACAGCACGAAGAGAUGGGUACAACUAGUCCACCAAGUGGCUCCGGUACUUCGACGUCGGCUGCAUCGCCUCCAGAAUAUGCCACAGCUGCGACGUUACGUUCCACACCAGCUCAGAUGUCAGCGGCGAUAACGGUUGAUUUGGUGGUUGCAGCUCAGAGAGAAGCAAACUUUCUGCGAAUGAUUGAUCGGAAAGCUCCAUUGCUCUACGAGCCAGAUGUUGUGAAUCAUGCACUUCGAAGAUAUGAGGCAUUCUGGCUACCAAUGCAGGCCGCCCAUCCAGAUCUGAACGUGAUACCGCCACUAGAUGUUCACUGGGUUUGGCAUACUCACAUGCUGAGCCCGAUUCAUUACCAAGAGGAUUGCGAGAAGCUAGUUGGAAAAGUGAUUGAUCACAAGUUGCUUUCUUCGGAUGAGAUUCAGAAGAGAUACGAUAGCAGUGUUCGAGCAUGGGAUGCAUACUGUAGUCCAGAGCCAUACGACUUCUUGGCCAGUCAGACACCACCAACUGCAUACAAAACAAAAUGUAAUUAUGAUAUUGCUGGAGCAGUUCAGAGACAGAGAAAUUUUAAUUAUCAAGUAUCACUUCCACACUACACUUCUGCCAAAUUUCUUUCGGAUGCUGUUAAAAGAUACAUACAGUUCCUUCUUCUCAAACAAACCUAUGCAGAUCAAUUCCUGACGCCGUGCUACGAUUUCGAUAUUAUUUGGCAUACGCAUCAGGUCCAUCCAUCCAGUUAUCUGAGGGACUGCACAGCCAUAUUCGGUUCUCUUCUGAAGCAUGAUGACACUGUGAACGACAGAACUAAAGGAAGUAAACUUCUGAAAGGAGAGGCUCUGACAAAGAAAUUAUGGACAACACACUUUGAAGAACCAUUCUGGAGACGUGGAUGCAUGUUCAGGGGACACAAUGCUCCGGCGUUCCUUGGAUUCGAAUCUCAGGAUCUUGCAUACAUUUCAUAUGGGGAUAUUCAUGUUCCAUCGAUUUCUUUGAAGGAUAUUCCAGUUCAAAGAGAACAAUUGAGACUAAAACUGUGCUAUGGAAACAAGAAAGUGACGACUUUUAAUGCGGAUCUCUCUCAAAAACAGGUCACCAAGUCCGGGUUUUCUCUAGUUUGGCAGCCAACAGAGAGUUCGACUUGCGCAUCCAUUGUUAAAUUCCCAUUCGAAAGACGAGCAGCCAAAGAUCUGACAGUUGAAUUGGAGAUAUUUGAUAAGAUGUUCCUCCAAAGAAAAGAUCUUAUCAAGUUGAUUGGAAAGGCAACUCUGGAUCAACUAUUGCCUCCGAGCAACUCAAAAAGUGCUCACAAUGUGGCCGAACUGCAACUGAAAGCUUCCAAAGACUCAGAAUUCACUGCAAAAGUAAAUGUAACAACAAGUGUCAAUUUGAAUAGGGAAUUGCAACUUCUGGUCGGAGACUUCGUGGAAAGACAAUUAUCCGGCGAUUCUCAUUUAGCAUACCUUGCACAAUGUGCAUCAUUGAAUCGUGGGUUGUUGAAUGCCAACUCUACAGUACAUAUUGCAUCUCACAGUAUGCUCGACACUCGAGAUGGAACAAAAUACACUGUCCAAGUGAUCCAUUCGGCACCUCUUCUCCUAUCAAUGAUUCUGGUAUAUGGAAGAGAGCAACGGCUUCUUUCGAUGGCUCAUCUGAUCGGAGCAGACUCUUUGCCGUCUCGUGAUCAAUUGGACAACAAUCUGGUACCUUUCCUUCCACAUCUUUCAAAUGCUGAAGAAAGAGCAUUUGUGAUUCUGAAUAAAGAAGGAGAUUAUGCGAUUAUCAAGGGAAAAUGGUCAGGAUUCUGUAGAAAACAAUCAGCAACAAAAGGACAAAAAGCGAAGCCAGGAAACCCGGGACGUCUUCAUGUGGACGCUUUCAACCUGCUGAAGAAUACCGUUCAGAAGCUGGAAGUUCCAUCAGCAGAUGGAUCAACAUUGUUCCUUAUUGGAGAUGCUCAAGCUCGUCUUCCUGGAAAGAGAAUCGAAUGCCGAUCUACGAAUACAGCUGAACAGAUUGCUAGCAUUUUCUGCGUUUCUACACUAUUCGUUCUCUGUAAUCCAGACAAAGUUCGGUCUCGAAGUGACAGUACUUCUGUUGGUCAUCAAGCCCAUAAGUGGCCAUUGACAUUGGCAUGCGGAUAUGGAGGACAACUUCCAACAAAUCGAUUACUCCUAUCCUCUGAUCAGGAUGGAUUAGGUGGGUUUUCGUGGGAACAGACUUCAAAUAUCCUGAAAAAACUGUCUAGCAUAACAAAAGUUACUAUUUCAGGUGGGUGUGAAAUUGCUCCACUUCUGAUGUGCGGCGUUGGUUGUGACGGAGCCGCAUGCGGGGCCUGUGGAGCGUGUGGAGCCUGUGGAGCCUGUGGUGGGUGUGGUGGAUGUGGAGGAUGCGGCGGGUGCGGUGGAUGCGGAUAG